AUGAGUACUGAAUUCAUUGGACCACUUCCAAUCCAGUGGAUACUUUUAAAGGAGGCACAAAUUUCACAAAGAAACUGUGAAAAUAAUUACAAGUACUUAGGAAAAUCGGAAGACUGUAAACAAAACGGUACAAGGUUUUGGAAAGAUGAUUCAAAUAAAGACCAGGAAAGUUACACAAAGGUGAGCCGUAAGGAGAAACACAAUGCAAAGGAAAGACAAAAUGCAAUCAUUGCAAACCGACUGAUGAUCACGGUUAAAGAGAAUGUCAAAGGUCAGGAACGAAUUCUUCAACGUUGGCAAGAGUGUUUCGUACUUAUGAAGUUGUUCCAUUCUAACGAAUCUGCCGUGCUCCAAAUAUAUAAGCUCACUCCAAAAUUAGAUAGGCUGAUUAAUCAAAGUGAAUAUACCUUUUUACUGGAUUCUUUCGAAAAGCCACUUUUUUCAUUAGAGAUCUCCGAGCGGAAUAUUAAGCUCGAAUUAUCAGAUGCAGAAAGAAUUAUUUUUAUUAAACAAUACAUCCAGGAAGGAAAUACAUGUUUGCUAUUUACAUUGCUUCCAGAUACUUUGAAUACGACAACUACUUGGAUAUGUCAACUUAGAAAAAUAAUCAAUCAACAUAAGGCUAUACAAAAGACCAUAACAUUGCUAAUUAAACCCCUUGAACUAUCUAUUACUCUGCAAUAUCCUCAUAAUAAAAGUACAGGGUACGAAAAUAAUUGUAUGACGAUCUAUUACGUUCCAAAUGGUUAUAUGGUCAAAUACAAUCUGGAACUGAGGUAUAUUCUAUCUGAAAUGAAAAAAAGAAUAAAAAAUUUAUGCUCUUUAAGAAAAGACAGAUUAAAUCAAGAGACUAUCACAUUCAUUCAAAGAUUGUUAAAAAAAGAGGAGGAAUUUUUAAAAUACUUUAAAAUAAUUGACAUAAAUGGUUAUAUUUUGACUGAAGCCAACUUAAAUGCUUUCGACAUGUCAAAUGAGUUUUUGGGGAACAAAUUAUUAAUACUUUGUGAAUUUCCAACAGAAGUAAGCGAGCUGAACAAAAACCAGUUCCAAGGAUGCCAACCAUACUCUAUAGAGGGGUUUCUUCUUAGAUCAAAGGAUUCUCGUAGAGGUUGUCACUAUAAAAUAGAAUACGUAUAUACUAUACAAAGUUUUCUUUUUUUUCAACCAUACCAAUAUGCCGACCCACUUCUUUCCAAAGAUAACUUCAAAUUGAAGUCUCCAUCUUUCUCUUUAUCGGAAUUUCGAACACAAGUCGAAACACGUGAUUCGACAUUCCUGUUUAGUCCUUAUCCGAUUGAUGAAUAUCAUAUAAAAUGGCUUCAUCCGGGUUUACCAGUAUCAGAAUUUGAACGCCUUGACAAAAUAGCGAAUAAGGAAGCCGAAAGAAAAGCUAAUUUACUUUUAAAUGCAUUCUAUUUCAUAGACGUUUGUGAUAUUAAAGAUAUCACUCCACUUCAUAAGCAUUUGAUUUCCUCAAGGCUAGCGAAAACUAAAAAUAUAGUAUGGAUACCUCCAGAGAAUGGAAAUAACUUAUUGCUUCUAAGAGAUACAGACUUUGAGAUAAGAAUGACGAAUGGAACUUCUGUUAUGUUAUCUGCAUCAUGUAGAGAAACAAGGGACAUAUGGAUCGAUAGGCUUCAGCAAACCUGCCGAUAUUGGCGUCAAAAAAAAAUACACGAUAUUGAGAGGAUACAAAGAGAACUGAUAAGACAAAGGUCAAAAGAAUAUACCAAAGAGAAAGAAAAAUCAAAGAUAAUACAAACACGCCCGAUAACAAUACCAGAGAAUGUGGAUAGUCCCAUAGUUAAACUUGAUACCAUUUACUAUAAAGGCAAGAAAACCUCCCCAUUUAAAAAGGUUACUUUACUUUUAUCCUAUGCUUCUUUAAUUCUAUUUGAUUGCGAAUCGUCCAUCCAUUUUGGUAAUGUCAAAUCUCCGUUACCAUAUUCAAAAAAGAUAUUAGACAUAUAUCUUUCACACAGCUAUGUUUGUGAGGGGGACCAAUAUUCUUCAUAUUCCCACUCAAACAAUGCGAGAAUCAGUAAGCAGUACUUAGAAGAUACCUCUGUUCCAAAGGUAUAUUUUUAUGGCAUCCAAAACUCAGAUGACCACAACAAAAGAUCUUUUACUAUUUGGUAUAACAAUAAUGUUCUGAAUUCUUGGGGCCCGGGAUUUUCUGAUUUCAAAAACUUAAAUGGAAGACUGGUUAAACAAGUUGAAGAUCACGCUAUUUUCUUGACAAAAUCUGCUGAUGAUAAACUUAAUUGGAUAAAAAACAUACAAUAUAUUAUGAACUUCUGCCAUUAA